CCAAACACCUAAAGGACACGAAGGAGUUAUAAGUUCCUCAUUGACAAGGAUAUCUAACUGAUCACCGUUGUUAAUAAAAAUUCAAAGUUAAAAUCUACGUAUAGUAUACGUGAAUCCUUUUCGUUAUAUCACUACUUUAUCCUUGUUUGCUUAUAUUAGGGUUUAUAAAGUCUACGGUUCUUCCAUGGCAUCAAGUUGUAGUUAUCACUUCCCUCAAGACCUUAUCUUCGAAAUACUUUCAUAUUUACCCGUGAAAUCACUGCUCCGGUUCCGUUCAGUUUGCAAGUCAUGGCUAUCCAUAAUAUCGGACCAACAAUUCAUCAAUGCUCACCUCACCAAUUCUCAGAAAAAACCAGCCCCCUUAAUCCUUGAUAAAUAUUUUCACCGUGUCUAUCAGCUUGAUACUCUCGAAGAAUCUGUCAGGCUCAAACUUCCAAGCAAGGGUAGGUUUGAUUGCAUAUCUUCUUGUAGUGGUCUUGUUUGUCUUGCGGACAGUGAUUUUCAUAAUAAUGUUAUGUACUUAUGGAAUCCGGCGACCAAGCAGUUGAAAAAACUUUUAACUGUCCGGAGAAGACGAGAAGAUCAGGAAGUACUCCUAAGUGACUUCGUGUUUGGUUAUGAUUCUACUUGUAAUGACUACAAGCUUCUUAGGCUUACAAGAGUGUCAUAUACAAAUUCUUUUGAUGAGCUAAUAUUAGCAGAAUUGUAUUCUUCGAAAACUGAAAAUUUUAAGGAGAUCAAUGUUCCUGAAAACCUAAAGAAUAUAGCGUUUGGCACAAAUGAAAAAUGUGUUCUUGAUCUCAAAACCGGGGUAUUAUAUUUUGAAGGUUUUGAUGAAUUAAUAUCAUUUGAUAUGGAUAAAGAGGUGUUUGGAGUAUAUCCCUUUCCCUUUCCCGACCACGUGCAGCAUUCAAAAUCAAAUGUUUUGGAUUUUGAAGGUUCUGCUGCAAUGGUCUUUGAGGCCGUCGAUGGAUCAGUUCUGAGUCUAUGGACGUUGGAUAAUGUCUGUGACGACAAAGUGGCUUGGACUAAGAAGUUCAAUUUUGAGGCUGAUGUGAAGAUAGAUUGGGUAUGUCUGUAUUGGGGUGCUGGGCAAUUUGUAGCAAAAAAUGAUGAGGGACUCAUCUUUUUUUAUGACUAUAAAAAGAAAGAUGUCAAGAAGCUUCUUUUACCCCCUGGAGAUUUCGAAGACUUCAGUUCAGUUGUCAAGUACACGGAGAGCCUUGUUUCACCUGAAGGAUUUCAAGGAUUUGAGCUUCUAAAUUAAAUUGGAAAGCAAUAGUGGUCUAAUUUCUGGUAUUACCAUGGAUUUUUUUCGCUCUUUUUCUAUCAUUUGCUUGCCUGAGAGCCUUGUGUUCAAUUAAU